GAAUUGAUUGUGAGGCUAUCGCCUUAUUGCAGGGAUUCCGCAUGGCUCUUUUCGGAGAUUUAAACAUUGUCACUACAACAGAUAAGAGAACUCUUAAAAAUGUUAUCGAAACAGCUGCUCAUCUUGGAUAUUCAACAGUUGCUAUUAACCAUGUAGUUAACCUCCAAGAAAAGAAACAGGAAAUUGGCAAACCUACUUGUGUGGCAGAACUUUUCGCCUGUCCUCCCAUUGUACAGGGGAAAUCAAAGCCAAUUAAAAUAAUCACCAGACUGACUGUAGUGGUUUCUGAAGCAUCACAUUGCAAUGAAUUGAGAACAACGUCCUCCCGCACCAGGUUGUAUGACCUUGUGGCUGUGCAUCCCAAAACAGAGAAGCUAUUUCAUACCGCUUGUAUGACAUUAGAUGUGGACAUAAUUGAAAUUGUUAUGACAGAAAAGCAACAGUUUCAUUUAAGACGUCCCCCGGUGAAUGUGGCAAUUGAUAGAGGAAUUGUCUUUGAACUUGUUUAUAGUCCUGCCAUUAAAGAUUCUACAAUGAGAAGAUAUACUAUUUCAAAUUCACUCAGUCUGAUGAAUGCAGGUAAAGGAAAGAACAUUAUUAUAUCAAGUGGAGCAGAAAAGCCUUUAGAAUUAAGAGGACCUUAUGACAUCGCUAACCUAGGGUUACUGUUUGGCUUGUCGGAAGGGGAUGCCAAAGCAGCAAUCUCAACCAACUGCAGAAAAGCUGUUCUGCAUGGAGAAACAAGGAAGACUGCACAGGGUGUGGUGCACACCAUGAAGAAAACUGAAGCCCCUGAAGAUGAGGAGGAGGCCCCAGCCUCAAAAAGGGCAAGAAUUGAAGCUCCUUAAGUAAAAAUUUAUGUCCCAUCAAAAUUACUAUUGUGUUUGAAAAAUUGGCUUUCUAGGCGUAUAGUUUUUUGUAUUAUUAUUUUCAUAGUUCUGUUAUAAAAUCGUAUUUGUUUUUACAUCUCCCAGUCUCUGGUAGAGGUGCAUGUCCUGUUCUAAUGCUGUGCAAUUGAUUCAGCACGUAGCAGACAGCGCACUGUAAAGUUAUUUAUCAGUUAUAUACAGACACACGCACUAAAACUAGACACUGCCAUGGGCAAAAAUUAUCUGAAAUAGAGACGCUUAGAAUCUUCUGGAAAAUUCUUACUAAAAGGAAUCCAUUAUUAUACAAUACAGGAGGUUUGUGUGAGUGUGUGUGAAAUGUCCACAAGUCAGGAUAGGAUCCUGUAUAAUUGUCUUUAGGUACGAAGAAAAAAUAUAAAUUUCUAUAUAAUGAAGAAGAAAAGUAACUGAAAAUUCACUUUUUUGGCUACAAUGUUUCAGCCUCCACCUGCAGAGAGUAGAAAUAGCUACGUAGAUGUUGCUCAUUAAAUUGCUACUCAUUAAAAUAGUGAUUUUUCAGUUUAUCAGUUACUUUUCUUCAACAAGUAUCUCUAGUGAUUGAGUAUCCUGAUGGAUCCUGAUACUCCUUGGAUGUAGAGCUGUUUUUGAUUUGUGU